GCCAUUGCGUUAAUUUUUACAUUAUCACCCACCACCAACCCAGGGGUUGGCAAACUUAAAGAGCCAAGCGGUACACAGUAUUUGAGACUUUGUGAGCCAGAGAAACCAAAAUAUAUUAGAGAGACCCUAGAGACUUACUGGCCCAACAGAGAGUUGCUCCUUGAUUUCAUAGCAGGGAUUGAAAAAUGACUUGGAGAAAGGAUAGUUUUUUACCUGGUGCUUGGAUUCGCCCUCAUAGUCCUGUGUACCUCCAGCGUGGCUGUCGCUCUUUGGAAAAUCCAACAGGGAACGCCUGAGGCCCCAGAAUUCCUCAUUCAUCCUACCGUGUGGCUCACCACGAUGAGCUUCGCAGUGUUCCUGAUUCACACCGAGAGGAAAAAGGGAGUCCAGUCAUCUGGAGUGCUGUUUGGUUACUGGCUUCUCUGCUUUGUCUUGCCAGCUACCAACGCUGCCCAGCAGGCCUCCGGAGCGGGCUUCCAGAGUGACCCUGUCCGCCACCUGUCCACCUACCUAUGCCUGUCUCUGGUGGUGGCACAGUUUGUGCUGUCCUGCCUGGUGGAUCAACCCCCCUUCUUCCCUGAAGACCCCCAGCAAUCUAACCCCUGUCCAGAGACUGGGGCAGCCUUCCCCUCCAAAGCCACGUUCUGGUGGGUUUCUGGCCUGGUCUGGAGGGGAUACAGGAGGCCACUGAGACCAAAAGACCUCUGGUCGCUUGGGAGAGAAAACUCCUCAGAAGAACUUGUUUCCUGGCUUGAAAAGGAGUGGAUGAGGAACCACAGUGCAGCCCGGAGGCACAACAAGGCAAUAGCAUUUAAAAGGAAAGGCGGCAGUGGCAUGAAGGCUCCAGAGACCGAGCCCUUCCUACGGCAAGAAGGGAGCCAGUGGCGCCCACUGCUGAAGGCCAUCUGGCAGGUGUUCCAUUCUACCUUCCUCCUGGGGACCCUCAGCCUCGUCAUCAGUGAUGUCUUCAGGUUCACUGUCCCCAAGCUGCUCAGCCAUUUCCUGGAGUUUAUUGGUGAUCCCAAGCCUCCAGCCUGGAAGGGCUACCUCCUCGCCGUGCUGAUGUUCCUCUCGGCCUGCCUGCAAACGCUGUUUGAGCAGCAGAACAUGUACAGGCUCAAGGUGCUGCAGAUGAGGCUGCGGUCGGCCAUCACUGGCCUGGUGUACAGAAAGGUCCUGGCUCUGUCCAGUGGCUCCAGAAAGGCCAGUGCGGUGGGUGAUGUGGUCAACCUGGUGUCCGUGGACGUGCAGCGGCUGACCGAGAGCGUCCUCUACCUCAACGGGCUGUGGCUGCCUCUCGUCUGGAUCGUGGUCUGCUUCGUCUAUCUCUGGCAGCUCCUGGGGCCCUCCGCCCUCACUGCCAUCGCUGUCUUCCUGAGCCUCUUCCCUCUGAAUUUCUUCAUCACCAAGAAAAGGAACCACCAUCAGGAGGAGCAAAUGAGGCAGAAGGACUCACGGGCACGGCUCACCAGCUCUAUCAUCAGGAACUCGAAGACAAUCAAGUUCCAUGGCUGGGAGGGAGCCUUUCUGGACAGAGUCCUGGGCAUCCGAGGCCAGGAGCUGGGCGCCUUGCGGACCUCCGGCCUCCUCUUCUCUGUGUCGCUGGUGUCCUUCCAAGUGUCUACAUUUCUGGUCGCACUAGUGGUGUUUGCUGUCCACACUCUGGUGGCCGAGAAUGCUAUGGAUGCAGAGAAAGCCUUUGUGACUCUCACAGUUCUCAACAUCCUCAACAAGGCCCAGGCUUUCCUGCCCUUCUCCAUCCACUCCCUCGUCCAGGCCCGGGUGUCCUUUGACCGUCUGGUCGCCUUCCUCUGCCUGGAAGAAGUUGACCCUGGUGCCGUAGACUCAAGUUCCUCUGGAAGCGCUGCCGGGAAGGAUUGCAUCACCAUACACAGUGCCACCUUCGCCUGGUCCCAGGAAAGCCCUGCCUGCCUCCACAGAAUAAACCUCACGGUGCCCCAGGGCUGUCUGCUGGCUGUUGUCGGUCCAGUGGGGGCAGGGAAGUCCUCCCUGCUGUCCGCCCUCCAUGGGGAGCUGUCAAAGGUGGAGGGGUUCGUGAGUAUCGAGGGUGCUGUGGCCUACGUGCCCCAGGAGGCCUGGGUGCAGAACACCUCUGUGGUAGAGAAUGUGUGCUUCAGGCAGGAGCUGGACCCACCCUGGCUGGAGAGAAUUCUAGAAGCCUGUGCCCUGCAGCCAGAUGUGGACAGCUUCCCUGAGGGAGUCCACACUUCAAUUGGGGAGCAGGGCAUGAAUCUCUCCGGAGGCCAGAAGCAGCGGCUGAGCCUGGCCCGGGCUGUAUACAGAAAGGCAGCUGUGUACCUGCUGGAUGACCCCCUGGUGGCCCUGGAUGCCCACGUUGGCCAACAUGUCUUCAACCAGGUCAUUGGGCCUGGUGGGCUACUCCAGGGAACAACACGGAUUCUCGUGAUGCACGCACUCCACAUCCUGCCCCAGGCUGAUUGGAUCAUAGUGCUGGCAAAUGGGGCCAUCGCAGAGAUGGGUUCCUACCAGGAGCUUCUGCAGAGGAAGGGGGCCCUCAUGUGUCUUCUGGAUCAAGCCAGACAGCCAGGAGAUAUAGGAGAAGGAGAAACAGAACCUGGGACCAGCACCAAGGACCCCAGAGGCACCUCUGCAGGCAGGAGGCCCGAGCUUAGACGCGAGAGGUCCAUCAAGUCAGUCCCUGAGAAGGACCGUACCACUUCAGAAGCCCAGACAGAGGUUCCUCUAGAUGACCCUGACAGGGCAGGAUGGCCAGCAGGAAAGGACAGCAUCCAAUACGGCAGGAUGAAGAAACUACGCCCAGAGAGGUCUGUGGAAGUCACACAGCAUCAGUGCUAGAGUUGGCAUCCUAGUCCAUGACUAAGUUCUUUCUGCAAUCCUAUGGAGACACAGGGUGUCUCUGUCCAGAUCUGUCUUCCUCCCAGAAGAGCUAACGAGGAAAAAAAGUAACAGAAGGUAACUUGCUGAUCCUAAUUGCUUUGCCCCUUGUAUAUGUCUCAGAUCAAAUAACAUUUUGUCCUCUUUUUCCCCUUUAGGGAGAAUUAAUUAAGCUCUAAUUACAUCGACAGAAAAAAUAGAAGCUACAAUAAAAUUAUUUUGUUUUAAAAAGCUAUUAACAAGGUCUGAGCACAGAGCUUGUUAUAACCUGGGGAAUGAGCCUCAUUUGAAUUUUAUGGCCUUUGCUUUUACAUUUUUUUAUUAAACCUUUUCUUAAAAUCCUCAA